CAUGGCGGCGCCCUCUGACCAGGUUGCUUUAUACUGAGCAUGCGCACUGAACACGUGUCUGCCUGAACCGGAGCUGCGGAGACUGAGAAGUGACGCCAUGGGCCUCACCCGCCAGUACCUCCGCUACGCUGCCUCCGCCCUCUUUGGUGUUGUCGCUGGCCUGAAGUCCAAUGUCUGUUACGUCACCCUACGGGGCGAGAAGGGGCGCUAUGUGGCGGUGGGGGCGUGCGAGCACGUCUUCAUCUGGGACACCCGCAAGGGGGAGAAGGUCCUCAUCCUACAAGGCCAGAAGCAGGAGGUGACGCAGCUGCGCCCCUCCCCGGACGGCCUGUCGCUGGCGGUGGGGUACCAGGACGGCUCCAUACGCGUCUUCAGUCUGCUGAGCGGAGAGAGCAGCAUCACCUUCAACGGACACAAAGCCGCCGUGACGGCCCUGACCUACGAUCAGCUGGGGGGGCGCCUGGUGUCCGGCUCCAAGGACACGGACGUCAUCGUCUGGGACGUCAUCAAUGAGAGUGGCCUGUACAGACUGAAGGGGCACAAGGACGCCGUGACGCAGGCCAUAUUCCUGACCGCCAGGAACCUUCUGGUCACCAGCGGUAAGGACACUCUGGUGAAGUGGUGGGACCUGGACACGCAGCACUGCUUCCGGACCAUGGUGGGACACCGCACAGAGGUCUGGGGGCUCGCCGUGCUGGCGGAUGAACAGCGAAUACUGACGGGAUCUGCGGACAGUGAGCUGAGAGCCUGGACCGUCUCCUAUGUCAGCGAGAAGGUGGAUCCGGGGGAGCCGCGGCUGAAAAAAAACAAAGGUCUCAGUCAGGAGGGCGAGGAGGAGGAAGAGGAGGCGACGGAGGAGCGCAUCCUGACCUGUGAACGCUACGGCUCCAUCAUGAGAGAAGGGAGGGACCGCGUGGUGACGCUGGGCGUGGACCGGACGAGGCGCUUCCUGGCCUGUCACGGUACGGACUCGAUGCUGGAGGUGUUCUGUGUCCUCGGAGAGGAGGAGGUCUCCAAGAAGAUGGAGAGGAAGCUGAAGAAAGCCAAGAAGAAGACCAGACAGAAGGAGCCGCAGGUGGAGGAGCCGCAGGUGGAGGAGCCGCAGGUGGAGGAGCCGCAGGUGGAGCGGACCCUGCAGGACGAGAUUGUGAAGAUGGCGAACAUUAAAGCCUCCUCCAAAAUCAAGUCAUGUGACCUGCUCCUCUCUGGCAAUGGGGAGCUGAAGGUGGUCGUCCUGCUGCAGAAUAACAGCGUUGAGUGCUUCUCCCUGCCGGCCGACCCCACCCAGGCCGGGACCGCCGAGAGCAGCAAGAGCGCCCGCCUGACCCUCGGAGGGCACCGAAGCGACGUCCGGACCCUGGCGUUCAGCUCCGACAACAUUGCCGUGCUGUCUGCAUCUGCGGAGUCGGUGAAGAUCUGGAACAGGUCCACGCUGCAGUGUAUCCGGACCAUGCCCUGCGACUACGCCCUGUGCUCUCUCUUCGUUCCGGGCGACAGACACGUUAUAGUCGGCACCAAGUCCGGGAAGCUGCAGCUCUUUGAUUUGUCGUCUGGUUCGGAGCUGGACGCCGUGGACGCUCACGAUGGCGCUGUGUGGUCCAUUUCCCUAUCGCCCGACCAGCGCGGAUUCACCACCGGAGGCGCCGACAAGUGCGUGAAGUUCUGGGAGUUUGAACUUGUGACUGACGACAACGAGGCCCAAAUCAGUCGCCGCCUCUCGGUGAAGCAGGGCCGUGUGUUGCAGAUGGACGAGGACGUCUUGUGUGUGCGGCACAGUCCGGACGGGCGGCUCCUGGCGGCGUCCCUGCUGGACUGCACCGUGAAGAUCUUCUUUGUGGACACGCUGAAGUUCUUCCUCUCUCUGUACGGACACAAGCUGCCGGUCCUGUGUAUGGACCUGUCACAUGACAGCUCCAUUAUCAUCACCGGCUCUGCCGACCGCAACAUCAAGAUCUGGGGGCUGGACUUCGGAGAUUGCCACCGCUCGCUAUUCGGCCAUGACGACAGCGUCAUGUUCUUGCAGUUUGUGCCCCGGACGCACCUGUUCUUCAGCGCUGGGAAGGAUCGGAAGGUGAAGCAAUGGGACGCCGACGGGUUCCAGCAAGUGCAGACCCUGGAGGGCCACCAUGGAGAGGUGUGGUGUUUGGCCAUCAGCCCCAAUGGUGACCACGUUGUGUCCUCGUCACAUGACAAGUCCCUGCGGCUGUGGGACAGGACGCGAGAGCCGCUGAUCCUGGAGGAGGAGCAGGAGAUGCAACGUGAGGCGGCGUUUGAGGAAAGUGUGGGGAAAGGCGACCAGCCCGUGGUCGCCGGGGAGAAGGCGGGUGAAGCAGCACUGGCCGGGAAGAAGACGAUCGAGACUGUGAAAGCGACUGAGCGCAUCAUGGAGGCCGUGGAGCUGCACCGAGAGGAGAGCGGCAAACUGGAGGAGCACCGGGCGCUGUGCAAGGCUGCGGGGAAAGAGCUCCCCAGGAAAAUCCACCCGAUCCUGCAGGCGUACGGGAACCUAUCGUCGUCUGACUAUGUUCUAGACGUGAUAAAGAAGGUGAGGUCCAGUGAGCUGGAGGAGUCCCUCCUGGUCCUCCCGUUCUCCUACGUCCCCGACCUGUUGACUCUCUUCAGGGAUUACAUGCGGCAAAGCUCGGACGUGGAAUUGAUCUGUCGCUGCCUUUUCUUCCUGCUGAGGAUCCAUUUUGGGGCGAUCACCAGUAACCAGAUCCUGCUGGGCGUCAUCGAGGACCUGAAGAGCUGCACCAUCUCGCGGGUGACGGAGGUUCGGGACGUGAUGGGGGUGAACAUGGCCGCCCUGCAGUUAUUGAAGAGAGAGAUUGAAGCCAAAGAAGAGGUUCUGUUCUUCGCCGACGCCACCGAUCGGUUCGAGGAGAAGAGAAGGAAGCGGAAAAAGAAGGAGAAGAUGCUGCUGACCCUCGUGUGACCCCCCCCCUUUCACUGCGGGGGUCCCGGACCUCCUCUACAGUGCUGCCCCCUGAGGACAAUUCUUUUAAUAAACACGUUUUCUAAGCUCCGGAAA